UGUUCAGGUUUCGUUCUCUUUUUCUCCUAUUCCCUCUUUUCUUUUUCCCUUCUUUAGAACUCUUCACUACUCUCACUCUAAAUUCAAUUCCAAUCAUGUUGAUGUUCAUGAUGCUAUUUCUUCAUUCUAUCGCAUGCUUCGUAUGAAUCCUUCCCCAUCCAUCAUUGAAUUUAACAAGAUUUUAGGUUCUCUUGUUAAGUCUAACAACAACAAUUACCCCAUUGCUAUUUCCCUUUAUCACCGAUUGCAAUUAAAUGCUAUUACUCCAAGUAUUGUUACUUUCAACACUGUUAUUAAUUGUUACUGCCAUCUAGGGGAAAUGGAUUUUGCUUUUUCUGUGUUGGCCAAAAUUCUUAAGAUGGGUUAUCACCCAGAUACCAUUACCUUGACUACUCUUAUCAAAGGCUUGUGUCUUAAUGGUAAGGUACAUGAAGCUCUUCACUUUCACGAUCAUGUGAUUGCACGUGGAUUUCGUUUGAACGAAGUUAGCUAUGGGAUCUUGAUCAAUGGAUUGUGUAAAAUGGGAGAAACAAGAGCUGCCUUGCAAGUGUUGAGAAAGAUUGAUGGGAAAUUGGUCAACACCAAUGUGGUAAUGUAUAGCACAAUCAUUGAUAGUUUGUGUAAAGAGAAAUUAGUGACUGAGGCUUAUGAGUUAUAUUCUCAAAUGAUUGUAAAGAAAGUUUCUCCUGAUGUUGUAACUUUUAGUGCUCUAAUCUAUGGAUUUUGCAUGGUUGGUCAAUUCAAAGAAGCAUUUGGUUUGUUCCAUGAAAUGGUAUUGACAAACAUCAACCCUGAUGUUUGUACUUUCAAUAUAUUGGUCGAUGCUCUUUGUAAGGAAGGAAGCACGAAAGAAACUAAAAAUGUGUUAGCUGUGAUGAUGAAAGAAGGCGUGGAACCUGAUUUGUUACAUAUAGCUCUCUAAUGGAUGGGUAUUGCUUAGUUAAUCAAGUAAACAAGGCCAAGCAUGUAUUCAACAUCAUAGGAAAAAGGAGAGUGACACCUGAUGUUCACAGCUACACUAUCAUUAUUAAGAGAUUAUGUAAGAUUAAAAUGGUCGAUGAAGCCUUGAGUCUCUUUAAUGAAAUGCGUUGCAAAGGAAUUACUCCCGAUAAGGUAACUUACAGUUCUCUCAUUGAUGGUUUGUGCAAAUCAGAGAGAAUCUCUCAUGCAUGGGAGCUUCUUGAUCAGAUGCAUGCUAGAGGUCAACCUGCCGAUGUAAUCACAUACACCUCCUUCUUGCAUGCUUUAUGUAAAAACCACCAAGUUGACAAGGCAGUUGCAUUGGUCAAGAAAAUUAAAGACCAAGGCAUUCAACCAAAUAUUAACACGUACAAUAUACUUAUCGAUGGACUAUGCAAAGAAGGAAGAUUUGAGAAUGCACAAGUGAUUUUUCAGGAUCUUUUGAUUAAAGGCUAUAAGGUAACAGUCUGGACAUAUAAUAUUAUGAUUAAUGGUCUUUGUUUGGAGGGAUUGUUUGAUGAAGCUAUGACCCUACUGGAAAAAAUGGAAGAUAAUGGUUGCACUCCUGAUGUUGUAACUUAUGAAACUAUUAUUCGCGCUCUUUUUAAAAAUGAUGAGAACCAUAAAGCAGAGAAACUUCUACGUGAAAUGAUUGCUAGAGGUCUGUUAGAAGAGAAAGUAGAGAUAAGAUGAUUUCUUUUUGUUAACAAUUAUGAUUUAGUUAUGUUCAUUUUGUGAUGAGUAUGCUGUAGUUUUAACUAAAAAUCUUGUAUUGUUAUGUUCUUUUUGUUAUUAAAAUGUUACGAAUGGUCGUUUGUUUUGA